AUGAAUAAUUUAAAAGUUGCCGGACUUUCUUAUAAAGUUUAUUCAGGUCACGAUGGGGUUUUAACGGAAAAAAGAAAACAGAGAAGAAUAAGGACGACAUUUACAUCGGCACAAUUGAAAGAACUGGAAAGGGCUUUCCAGGAAACGCAUUAUCCAGAUAUUUACACAAGAGAAGAAAUCGCAAUGAAAAUCGAUUUAACGGAAGCUAGAGUCCAAGUAUGGUUUCAAAAUAGAAGAGCAAAAUUUCGUAAACAGGAACGUUUGGCACAACAAAAAGCCGUACAAUCUUCGUCCAAUAAUUCGAACAAUAACGAUUCGGCAUCAUCACCCCAAACGAUAAAGACUGAAAGUGGAGGAAAACAAAUCGUAACGAGUAGUAGUAAUGGUAAAGACAUGAAACCAGGUACUCCAAACACAAAUAAUUCAACACCAAAUUCAAAUCAUAGCGUUUCAUCAAACGGAGACAUAAAACCUGUCAACGGAAACGAUGAAGAAGAUGAAGUUUAA